UCAAAACUUUUCUAAUCGAUCGUGUGACGUAUUACGUAGUUGCAUUUCUCUUUGCAUGAAAUACAGCAUCUUGCUUUGCUCGACAGCAUAAAACGGAAGUCGAGACUAUAUAUUACGUGGUCGCCAGCUUUUAGUUUAUCUUGAUAAUAAUGACAACAAAAUGAUUAGUCUAGCAAAAUGAGUUGCAUCGCGGACAACUCUAAGAGUUAUAUAUGUAUUGGACUAUAUUUUUUCUUCACUGGAUUAACAAAUACGAUUAUCUUGCCGACUGUAAAUGGAUAUCUUAUAUCUUUGGACGCUCCUAAUGGUUUUCUUGGUGCUGUAGUUGCUUCAUUUAGCCUCACAGGCUUAAUUUCAGCGCCAGUAUUUGGGUUUAUUACUGACAAGACACAGUCAUUGAGGCUAUGUCUUAUUGUUAGCGCCCUAAUUGAAAUUGCAGGAAAUUUUAUGUACUUUGUUGGUACCAGCUAUAGUAUGCUAUGCAUAGCAAGAUUGGUUGCCGGUAUAGGUUCAGGGGCUGCCUCGUCAGUCCUCGGAGUUGUGUCUAGAACAACUUCGCUGGGAAAACGUACAUCUGUCAUAUCAGUUCUCACAGCUUUGCGUAAAUUUGGAGUUGCGAUUGCACCAUCAUUCAACAUUAUACUUCACAAUGUCAAUGGCAGAAUGGGACUCCUCUCAAUAAAUCAAUUCAGCUCGCCCGGUUUGGUUAUGACUGGAGCAUGGACGAUCCAUUUGCUACUACUAACAGUUUUGUUCAAAGACUCAGGGACAAAUACGAGGCAAAACGCUUCCGAGGUCAAAUACCAACAGGCCACCAAUGAAAAUGAGUCGGAAUUACUUUUAACUGAAGAUAUACACAACGGUAGCUUACUAAAACACAAACUUAAUCUAAAACAAUUUAUGCGGGAAGAAGUGAUAAUUUGUAUUUCCGCUAACUGUAUUUUUGUUGUAGUCUUUAAUGGUCUCGAAACAGCCGCCACGCCUCUUACUUUGUUAUACUUCAAUUGGGAUAGCUUAUAUAACAGCUAUAUGUUUUUUGCUGCGGGAUUUUGUGUACUAAUAAGCUAUGUUGUGCUUGGAAAAUUGAGCAAUCGAUUUUCAGAUCGCACGUUUUUGCUAUUAGGCUGCGUAGGAUCGACUAUUUCAUAUUCGCUUAUAACUGUUUGUUCAUUCAUAUUUGUUUUAAAUGAGAACAUUGAAACUCCUCAUUCAGUUCUACCUUUAGUUUGCCUUUCAAUAUUCUUUCUUGGAGUUUCUCUGCCUUUUGUUUUGGUCUCAAUAACGUCACUUUUCUCCAAAAUAACAGAUUUAGAAAAUCAAGGAUUUAACCAAGGAAUCUUGUUGGUAUCAAGAGGAAUUGGUUUAAUCUUGGGCCCAAUUUGGGGAUCAUCUUUAGCGACCAGAAGUAGAAUGCCAGUUUUGGGCAGUGUUGAUUUGACUUUGAUUUUGUUUAUGACUGCACUGAUUUGCAUGUCUUUUAAGAAGCUUGUUCCGAAUACCCAACAAUAAAUUUCUUAAGCAACGCCAUGUUAGAUUUGAACAUACGAACAACUGAAGUCGAAGACUUAAAAUAAGAAACGCACGUUAAACGUAAAAAAUUAGCUAUGCAGAUUUGUUGCAUCAAUUUCUCGGUUGUAGAAACAAUUGCAAAUGUUUCUUAGUGUCAGUUUUCUUUAAAAAUAGGUUUGAUGAACAACUACCAUGUGCGAAAGAUAUGCCAUCCGCCAAUAUCCGCGAUAUUGGUAUUUCUGUAUAUUUUACUUUUACGGAUAUUCUGUUAAAUUGGGCGGAUUUACAGCUUUGUUUUUGUGUUUUUUUUUUCAUUUUAAUGCUAUUUAUUAAAAUAAAUUACCUUUAUUCUUUGUGCAAUAUCUAUUUGUUAGAAAUUAGUGAAGUGGUUUCGAAUAAAUCUUGAAAAUUUUUUAUGAAAAAAGAUAGAUUCCCAU